AUGAAAACUUUAGUUAUUCUUAAUAAAACACAAUUUUUUGUUACUGUCAUUGAAGGUAAUAAAGACUGUUUAAAUAAGCCAGGUUAUAUGUGUGAAGCAAAUGGUUUAGCAAGUGAUGUUUUUGAUAAUUCUUCAGCAGCUAUAAUUCAUUAUAUAAACAAAGAUAUAACAUUUCAUCCAUUCAAUUGUAUCUAUGAUAAAUUUACAAUAUUUAUUUAUGGAAUUGGUGCAUCUUCAGAUGAUGAAUUAUAUUAUGCAGGCCCAGGGUUUAAAUCUUUUAUUUGCAAAAUAGGGUCUAAAAAAAAAAGUACUCUAUUUGUACAAGAUAUAAAAAAUAAUAAUUCCACAGUAAAAAUUUAUCAAGAUAAUAAUUUGAUGUCUACACAUGUUGGUAGUGAUCCAAAUGAUGUAUGGGAAAAGAUUGGAUAUUUAAAAAAUUAUAAAAGCAUUGACUGGUUUGGUAUCAAUCAACCCCAAGUUCAAUCCUUUAUUCAAACAAUGCAUAUACCUAAAUGCUUACCUGAAGAAUGGAAUAAUGUUAAUAAAAUGGAAACUUUGUGGAAUUAUUAUCUACGAAAAUGUACAUUGGCUUCAGUGCAAUGGAGUGAAUUUUUCAUUAAAUGGCAAAGUGAAAAAAAUUCUGUAAUUAAAAUUACAGAUGCUUUAAAAAACCUAUAUCCAGAAAAUCAUGUGUUUGGAUUUUUGAGUCCACAUCCACUACCUAAACAGGAUGCUAAUGAUGGAGAAGUUCUUUGGGAUUGUUUUCAUCAAUCAUUACAAGCCAAUAAAAAAGGAUAUAAUAGGAAAAAAAGAAUCCUUUCUAUAAUAGCAGAAAAUUUUCUUAUAAAACUUUGA